AAUCUUAUUGUAAAUCCAGAAUAUCUGAGCAACCACAUCACAAGCAAAACAGACAAGAGCAAAAGAAAAAAAAUGGCUUCUGCUUCUGUUGCAACGGCUUUACCCCUGAGGUCUGCUACACAGAACAGUCUGAAAAGGCCAUCAUCUGAAUCAUUUUUCAGGCCGUUACCAGUAAAACAACCAAAGAGGGUCACACAUUCAAAAUCCAAGCUUGAAAUUCAUGCAUCUUUGAAACAGAAGGCAGUGACAGGACUUACAGCAGCAUCCUUGACAGCUUCCAUGGUUAUACCGGAGGUGGCUCAUGCAGCUGGAUCUGAUCUCUCACCAUCUCUUCAGAACUUUCUACUAAGCAUUUUUGCUGGUGGAGCUGUGCUAACAGCUAUAUUUGGAGCUGUUUUUGGAGUAGCCAACUUUGAUCCGGUUAAAAGAGCUUAAAUAAGUAUGCUUUGAAAAGCUAUAAGAUUUUAUGUCCUAUAUAAUUCCUGUGUUAUGUAUCUAAUACUAUAUGUUUAUGCAACUAGUUGCUUUAUAUGUUUGUUUACUAAAUUGUUAAUCCCAGCUGCUCCUUUUCUUUUA